AUGUGCUUCGGAGCAGGAGGCAAGAAGUACUACUACCAAGAGGAGAUCGUACCGACCAGGUACCAUCACCACCACCACGGGCACCACCACCACGGUCACCACCACCACCACGGACACUCCCCGCGCGCGAGCUACACGAGCGUGAGGAGGUCGUACGUCGCCAGCAGCCCGCGGGUCAGCUACGUCGAACCCGUCGUCUACGAGAGGACGAGCCGCACCUACCGAUGA